GAUUGAGAGAGUAAAAGAUGAAGUGAAGUAAACUGCAAGGAACAGUGAAUGUUGAAAUGCGAAGACACGUCAUAGAAUAAUCUGAUCACUUGAUCAAACAACUCUGGGCUCGCACAUAGAACCUCCACCUCUGAUCAAAUCUCCAUCUUGGCUUCCCCAUUUUCCUUCUCCCUACCUCUACAAAUUCGAAAUGCCCAAUGGCACCCCUUCAGAAGCCGGAGACACAACCGCAGCAUUCACUCUCUUCCCCGAUCUCCCUGCCGAACUCCGCCUCAAAAUCUCCCACCACGCUCUCUCAAAUCCCCGCAUCAUAGCCCUAAAUAUCAACCACCACCACCACCUCUGGCAGCUUACCGCACCGCACCCUCUCCUCUACACAAAUCACGAAUCCCGGACUUGCGCACUGCGAACGCAAACCAGACACUAUAGAUCGAAACCCCGCGUCCCCAAGCUGUUUCUAAACACGCGGAUCGACUACCUCUUCCUCACCGACCUCGCGACGUUGAAGUACACUCUUGAGUCGAAUGUGAAUCACCCCGGACGACCAGGUGGUAGUAAUGCCAUGGCCAACAGCGUCCGACGCCUGGCGGUUCCACUCGCGGCCUUCGAAACACUCCUCAAACAGCAACAACGAACCCAACAAUACCAGCCCUCGGUCCCGGGACUCUUGCGUGCCUUCCCGAAUUUGGAAGAGGCCGUGCUCGUCGUCGGUGAGAGAAAGGAUGCGAGAGAGGAGGUGCUGAGGCUGGGAGAUCUAGAGUUCGUGAUGCCGGCGGGGUUUAAUGUUCCGAGAGCGGGUGUGCUGGUGGAAUUGUGCGUCUGGACAUUUCAGCCGUGGAGGGCUUUCGAGCACCUGUUAGGCGUUGAAAUGCUGGAGGAUGCGGUGGGACAGUGGGUUGAGGGCUUGGCGACAAAGAGGGACGGUUUGGACGCGGUGAAGGUGCCCAAUUUUUCAAUCAGGGAGGUGAAGUCUGCGUCAAGAUCAAACACUUAA